GGAGAGUCGGCCCUUCGGGUGACGUCACCUACGCACCCACGUGACUAAACAGGAAGCGCGAGAUGAAAGUACCUGGGACAGGAUGCAGACUAGAAUCGAGUCUUCAGCAGAAAUUUAACCUGGAAAGACAGUCGCGAGGGCAGGUGAGGGAGAAGCUCGAGUCAACUAACCGACAGCAGCCGACGGUUAACUCACCGCUUACAGUUAACCGAUAGCUAUCGGCUAACAAAGAGCAGCUAACGGCUAACACUGAGACACACCGACAGUUCAGGGACAUCCUUAACUUGACACAUCAUUUAUUACUUUACUCAUUUGAUAUAAUAUGAUGUAAGUGUUCAAACCACCAAGAUGUGUAACGUCGUUGUUAUUUGGUAUGUCCUGCCAUACAGGUGAGAAAAGAAUACAUUCACUCACGUGACUUAGUAAAAAGCCUCGUGCACGUGCACUUCUUAACUUAGGCACUUCGAAGGUUUUUAUUUUUACUUAAUGUUUUUACUACCCUGCCAGAAUAGUUGUACAGUUAAAGGGGAUUUUGUGGAAUUUAUCAGCAUGUUAAGCAAGAAAUGUUAUAUUAUGCAUACAUUUGUUAAAAUCAGUUAAUAUUGAAUGGAAUAUUAUAUAGAAAAAGCAAGAAAAGAAAUUUUUCGAAUGAAAAUAACUGUAAUUUUCAACAAACUCUGCUUUACACAUCACUUCACUGUCAGCUUGUGUCACCAAAACAAUAAAAUACUCAUCAUUACCACCUCAGAGCUUAGCUAUAAACCACAGGUGUCAAACUCAAGGCCCGGGGGCCAAAUCUGGCCCGUGGAACAAUUAUAAUUGGCCCACAAGAUCAUAUCAUGUUUGUAUUAUUAUUGGCCCACCAGUAUGAAGUCUGCAGAUUUCCUUCAGUAUAAUAAUGUAAACUUUAGCACCAUUAUUUAAAAUGUCCUCAAUAAGCCACGAAAUCUGUGAUAUUAAAGAGUAAGGAAGAUUUGAUAAAUAGUCAAGAAUGGGGGGGGGGGGGGGUAUUUUAUUUCAUGCUUUCAAUUUUUCAUUUCAAGAUUACAAGUCAAACAUGAGUGGAUUUUUUAUUUCAUGCUUUGAUUUCGUUCAACUCAGUAUUUAGACAUGUUUCGUUUUUAUACCUUAAAUCCAGUUUUAAAUUUUAAGUCAUAUUUUAACCUUUUAAACCCGAUUUCAAUGUUCUCCUCGAGUAUUCGCUCUUUAAAUUAAUUAUUUUUCUAUUUUUAAUAUCAUGCUCUGGUCUUUUGAACUCACAAGUAAAAAUAGGAUAAAAAUUCAAGUAAAAUAAUUUAUUCUAUCUCAGAUUGCCUUUAAACUUAUCUUUUUUGAAUUUCCAAAGGAUUUAUAAUCAUUGCUGUUUUUGUUACAUAUUUUUUGAAAAGGAGGUUGACAGUUUUGGUGAAAUGUUUAUCCUCUUUGGCCCUCAGGUUAGAUCUAAAUCCAGAUUUUGGCCCUUGCUGUGGUUGAGUGCAACACCCCUGCUAUAAACUAUAAUUACGUAGAUACAAUAACUAAAAACACCACCAACUCAUAGAUCUAAUGAUCUGUGAUUGAUAAAGAUAAGAAGAACUUUAUUUAUCCUAAAGCAAAAUUCAAUUACUCUUGUCUUUGAGUGAGAGAUUAACUGAUCAGUAAUUGAUUGCCCUGGUCUUUCAGUAUGGAGGAUGAUGAACUUCCGUCAGAGGAUGGGAUGGGUUGGCGUGGCCUUCUUCUUGCUGCUCAGCGUCGUUGCGGUCUAUUACGUCUUUGAGGUCCAAAGUUUCAGUUUGGAACACGUACAGAGAGGCUAUUCUAGUCCAUCAGCUCCGCCCCCUGCCCUCAGCUGGUCUCAGAACCUCAGCGCUCGCCUGCCGCCACUUCCUGUCUGGAUAUGGGUGUCAGUCUUUCUCCUGCCAUACCUGCAGCUCUUCCUCUUCCUGUUCUCCUGCACCAGAGCUGACCCUCGAGCUGUUGGUUACUGCGUCCUUCCGGUCUGCCUAGCCUUGCUGUGCAGCCGCCACCAAGCUGCCCGGAAACCAGCCAACCAAAGAGGUCCACCGCUCAUUGACACAUAGGGAGGACAGCCAAUCAGUUACUCCAGCUGUGUGGUGACACACAAAGGAGUGGGGCCAUGACUUGAGGAUGAACUUAAAUCAAAGUGAACUGUGUGUGUUGAUGUUUGUGAUGUCACUCCCUGUGUGCCUUUACAGUGAAACACUCCUGUUGUGUAAACCGUCCUCUGUCCACUCUGCCCUGAGCACUGACUAACAGGCAUCCACUCGUUCCUCAGUGCUGACUGUCAGGUGUCUAUUCUGUCAUGAGUGCUGACUGUCAAGUGUCAUCUUCAUCCUGAGCACUGAUUAACAGGUGUCUACUGUGCCCCGAGUGCUGACUUCCAGGUGUUUACUCUGCCCUGGGUGCUGAUUAUCAGGCAGUUCCUCUGCCCAAGUGCUAACUGUCAAAAGUACAGCUCCAUUCAAUCAGGCUGUCUUCACCUUUGCAUGACAGAGAAUCCUGAGCUCUGAUUGGUUGGAUGCCCUUUACUUUGUGUGUCUGUGUUCAACAUAGCAUCAGCACUGUUGCUAUGGUUACCUGCUGUUUGAUAUUGAGCGAAGUAGUUGAAAAAACUGUUUUUGACAAGAUGAGUCACACGACAAACACUGGUUACCAUGGUUACCUUUAUGAAGAUCAUUAAAUUAAUAAAGUUUUACAUAUUUUAAGGUGUAACUGUUUUUUUUCCUGAGGAAAAUCUUUCAUAGUUUUUAUACGUUUAGACUUAAGGAGAGUUUAUUUUGGCCAUUAUUUUUUUUAUUAAGAAAACAUUCCAGCGGAUGAAAAACAAACUAAAGUACAGCCGAACUCAACUAAUCUGUACAGGCUGAUCACAUCACAGGUCAUACACAUUCACAGGUGAGCUCAGGUGUGUCAGCUCCUGGAUCUUUUCACUGGAGGCUGUUCGUCAGAGUUCUGGGGCUCCUCUGACUCCUCGUCUUCCUCAUCACUGUCGUCCUCCUCACCUGCAGCAGGUAAAACAGGUGCAUCAGAGGAGGUUCAGGAUACUCCACAUGUAUCUGCUAAUGUUAGCCGUCAACAACAGUGCUCACCUUCUGCGCAGACCCCGUGGGAUUUCUCCUGCUCCACCAGCUCUGUGAGGAGUCGCGAGACGUUCGUGUUCAGCUCGUGAAUUCCGCCGAUGAGAGACUUAAGAUUGUUUUCUACUUUGACGCUGAUAUUCUCUUUCUGUCCGUCUCUGAACACCAGCUCUGCAGUCACGGCGGCCAUCUUCAUCACAACUUCAUAUGUCGUCAUCAUC